AUGAAACUGUACGAAGAAGUGUCAAAUGUAACCGGAAUACCGAAAGCAAUAUUGAGACUCUACAAGAAUGGGAAGAAGGUACAUCGUGAGAGUUUCCAGGUUCCUGACGGUGGAACCAUCCACGCACACAUCCCCGGAAACGGAGGGACCCCUCCCACACCGCCUGGUGGAAGAAAUAUGAAAUCAGAUUAUCGCACAGCUCAGCCAGAAGACAAAGAUCAGACUGUCUGUGACUGUCAGGGUGCCUGUAACUGCCCCUUACCGUGGGGGUGGUCCAGCCCUAUCUCAUACCAACCAAGUCCAGGUACUGACCAGGCCAGUUCGGUGUACCAGCCAAGCCCAAUCCCCAAUCCCCGUGCCUUGUCGAGCCCGUACCAGCCCAGUCCAAGUGAAGACCAGGCCAGUUCGGUGUACCAGCCAAGCCCAAUCGCCGAUCCCCAUGGAUGUGGAGGAAACGAUCUCGACGUCUAUGACUUCAAUGAAAGCGACCAAGCUAACGCGUUACCUUAUGUUAGGCGUGCUUUACAGAAGACCACAAGGGACGACUGUAACAGCGACAGCGACCUUGGAGUGCACCACCUGGAAUCGUCAGAUGAUGACCCAUCCGAUUUGUCCGACACAAACUCCGAGCCCUUCGACAGUUCUUUCUACAUCCCGGCGAGCAGAACACCGACGGGGAAAACAAAGAACCAGACUGGUGUGUCUGGCAAAGCUGGUGCAAAACUUCUGAACAGAGCUGUAAAGAGGGAGACUCUACACAAGACACUGUCCAUGAGCCCCUGCUGCCGUUCCAAAUGCUCGCGGCGCUUUACAUACCGGGGCUUAAAGAAGAAGAGAGAGAAGUACUUCGGCAGCGGAGACGCGUCCGCGCGGUCGUCGUGGCUAGUGGAGAAGCUGUCUACAUUCCAGAACGACGAAGACAAGCUGAAGAGCACGUUCUCCUUCAAGGCGGAUGGACGGUUGAUGUGCAGAAAGGCAUGGUGUAGGCUGUACGGCAUCUCGAGAAAAGUCUACUACCGAAGUAGAACAGCCUUCUUGGAUGGUCGCCCAUCAGCCUCCGACAGGAUUAGACCUCGCAGAGAAAAGUCUAAGGCAUAUGUAAAUGCCAACGUCUGGUUCGAGAUGUAUCUCGCUGCUCACGCCGAGAAGAUGCCCCACCGAAAAGAAAAGUGGCUUCCCUACAGGACCAGGAAGCAAGGCGUCUACCAUCAGUACCGCCAAGACAUGGCCGAACAAAUGGAGCCAUAUUGUUCCAAACAGACAUUUUACAACAUGUGGAACGAGAUGCAUCCUGAUGUUUUCAUUAAGAAGUCCAGCCUGUUUACCAAGUGUAAGAAAUGCGUUCAGUUGGAGCGAAAGCUCGAGAGGACACGGAUUCCGAACAAACGAGAAGAGAUCCAGGAACGACGCCGCGCCCAUCUCGGCAGACAAAUGCGUGAACGAAUCAACUACUACAGACGAAGGGAGGCGGCCCACCGAAAUCCAAACCGGUACCUGAGUCUGAUUGUUGAUGGGAUGGACCAAGCGAAGACAUACCUCCCACACUUCGUUGGUGCCAAGUCAAAGGACAUGGCGUCAACGGAUCUCAUGAAGGUACACGUGUCUGGCAUAAUAAGUCACGGGCAUGGCAUCAAGGCGACCUACACAGACGUGUUUGAGUAUAGCCAUGACAGCAACUUGACGAUCAACCUACUGUUGAAAAUGCUGUACCGUCUUUCUAAGCGUGGACCCUUACCUCCAAUCCUGUAUCUCCAGGCUGACAAUUGUUUCAGGGAAAACAAGAACAGGUUCAUGUUGGCGUUUCUUGAUUUGUUGGUCCAUCGGAACAUAUUUGUGGAAGUGCAGCUGUCGUUCCUGUAUGUUGGGCAUACCCAUGAAGAUAUAGAUCAACUGUUCAGUCAGAUCGCUGACAGACUGAGACACGAAGAGGCCAGAACACCCAAGCGGCUGCUAGAAAUACUUCCGGACGCAGCGGAGAUGCGCGGUCUGUACGACGUGCGAGGCUGGUUGGAGCCGUACAUCAUCAACAUUAAAGGGCACUCUAAAGUCGGGAUGUUCAGAUUCAGACAGAGUAAAACGAUGAAGGAUCGAGUAGACAUGUUCUACAGAAGGAGCCACGACCACAAGUGGAAGAUCCUACGGACCGGGAUGUUCCGCACCGACAACGAGAACGUCCCCGUCAGACCGUCAGGGAAGCCGAAGCUGCUGCUGCCUGUGUUCGAGAAGAGGGAGAUAAACGUGGGGAACCUGAUGACCCAGAAGCUUCCAAAGUGGUCACCAUACUUGGAAUCUGAAGAAGAAGCGAAAUACUGGAAAGAGUAUCUUGGUCAGCUGAAGAGCGCGUCACAAAGUCUACCUGCUAAGACGCGCUAUGCCUCAGGAGAUGGCACAGGUUGGCUUCUGGAGCGGCUG